AUGAUUGAAAUGGUGAAUGAUAAUUGAAGAAGUGGCCCACGUGAGGAAGUAUGUACUUUUAAAGCGGGGCAUUACGAAGCCCUUCCUGUCUCCAUCCACAAGGAAACGUUUGUUUCUUACGGUCUCGCCUUCUCGUUUGGUGGUAGGCUCCUGAUAAGUAACAUGCGACUGUUUUCGUUUCCGCUUUGA